AUGCGCUUCGCACUGUGGUCCGCUGCCCUCUUCGUCGGCUGCAUGGCUGCCCCCAUGCUUCCGACGCACCCGCUCAUUGUCCGAAGAGAAUUGACAGAGAACGUGAGUCUCCUCAAUCUCUUCAUUCGAGUGCGCGACAACGACGAACCGUUGACCUCCGAUGGCGACGUGGACCCUGUCAAUGACGGCGAGGUCAACAACAACAUCUCGCUGAUCCGGCUCUGCUAG